AUGGCCUCCGAAUCAACCCCGUCUAAAGGCGGGGGAAUGAUGUCGUUAUAUGCAAAUUUACUUGAUCCUUCCGCGGAGUCAUCCCCGGGGACCAUCUCCCGGGCACCCAUCGCCUUCAAACAAAGCUCCGAGACCGACGCGCUGCCCGACGAGUCCGCUGCCAAAAAGCAGCAGCUCAAUGCUGCUUCUCUUCGAUUUCAACCCACCAAGCGGCCCCAGCUCUCAACCCAGAAACCUAAACCCAAACCUGCACUGGCCAAAACAGCACCGCUUCCUAAUACCGGACCAGCCUCGGUCUCUUCUGCAGCACCGGUGAAAACCACACUAGCUGACUGGGCCGCUACCGAGGAUGAUGAUUUUGGGUACUAUAUGGGUGAGAAGCGCCAGCGCGGUGGAAGGAAGAAGCGCAAGAAGAACCGUGAAGAGCAGGCAGUGAUGCAGAACUGGGACGACAUCUACGAUCCUUCUCGACCAAAUAACUACGAAGAAUAUCGAAAUAGUGAUGAGAAGAUAUGCGAAGUCCGCGAAUGGAAAGAUCGGCUAUAUGCGCAUCGAAUGAGACGAUCGCCAACUAGAGACUCAGACAGCGAUGACUCUGACCGACCGAUAAACCGCCAAUUCGCACCUCCCGCUAGCUUUGCGCCACCGCCUAAUUUUAACGAAGUGCCCCCUCCGGCCGCAGCAAACAUCCCCGAUGAAGCAUCCGGAGAAGAUGCCUUUGCCCGCCGUGCUCGCAUGAGCCAACAGCCUCACAACGAUACAGUAAUGUCCGACUAUAAUGAUGCCACCAGCGAAGAAGCAUACUUGCCACAAAUGCAGCAACCUAAAACCUCACAUUCAUUCGGAAAUGUUCCUGCCUCUCAUCCUCCGCGUUCUAUCAAUAGUUUCCAACCUAGCUCUGCUACCAUAUCCCGAGCACCUGUUCGUUACGAGCUCCCACCACCACCCGAGGAUAUCCCAGCAUCAGAGGCUGAAUUGGAGGAGGUUCUCGCGAAUGAGCAAGCUGCGGAAAAUGAGGUCAAUGAAGAUGCACCUCGCUCCCUCCGCCCAGGACAAAAGGGCUUUGCGGAGCGGCUUCUCUCCAAAUAUGGAUGGACGAAAGGAUCUGGACUCGGUGCUACAGGUUCAGGUAUUGUUAAUCCGCUGCAGGUAAAAGUUGAAAAACGGAAAAAACGUCCCGAUUCUGAAGGCGGAGGAUUUGUGACCCCAGCAGGGCUCGGAAAAAUCAUUGGCAGCAAGAAAAAAGGGGAGGAGACCGGCAAGUUUGGAGCUAUGAGCGAAGUCAUUAUCCUUCAGGGAAUGCUAGAUGGAAUGGAUCUCGAUGCAGAGCUGGAGCUUGGCGAGGGCGGUGGCCUAAUGCAGGAAAUCGGAGAGGAAUGUUCUGAAAAGUAUGGGACCGUGGAACGAGUCUACAUUUCUCGCGAUGCCGGCACUCCAAUCCCUGUUUUUGUGAAAUUUACCAGUCCACUAUCUGCUUUGCGGGCAGUGAAUGCUCUCGAAGGUCGCAUUUUCAACGGCAAUGCCAUAGUUGCUCGAUUCUUCGACCGUGAAAAGUUUGAGAAAGGCAUUUACGUGGACUAA